CGGCGCUAUCCAUCAGGCAGCUGUCUGUCAGUUGGUUGACAAAUUUUAACUUUUGGCUUCGUGUAAAUUGUAGUUGUAGGAGUUUCAAAUCCGUCUAAUAGCCAAUGAAUAUGGUGCACAUCAAGAGAUAAUGUUUAUUUUUACUGUUUAUUAUAUUCUUUAAUUGUAAAAGUUAGGAGAAGGCAGUAGCUUGUGGUGUUUUGGUUAUAAUGGAGGAUCUCAAUUUGACAGAAACCGAAAUGAGAUAUUUCGGUGAUUUGUUUUUAUGUUGCGACGAGGAGUCUAAUGGGAAAAUCCCUAUAUUAAAAGCUACAGAACUCUUCAGGUCUUCUAAUGUACCUAAUGACGUCCUCAAACAGAUAAUGGACAUAAGUGUAGCUCCACAUGUCUGUGCAUCAUUAAAUCACAUGAAUAGGAAACAGUUUUAUUCUUCAUUAAAGCUGAUUGCUGCACACCAACAAAAUAUGGCAUUAAAACCUGAGCUUCUGUCUACGGCUAUAGACCUCCCGCUGCCAAGGUUUACUUGGGCACUGAACUCUGAAGCAAGCCCAGACUUAAUACAAUUAUCUAAUUCACCCAAGGAGCAACACAUCAAGAGAGACAGAAAUUUUGUCAGCCUUGGAACUUAUGAGCCUAUUAGAAUUUCAUCAAAUUUAUCAGAUAGUGAUGUCCCUCAAACAUUGUCACAUGAUGCCACGGAGUGUGUGAGCACCGACUCGGAGAUAGAAUCUGAAACAAUGUCACAGAGAUCAGAUCAUUCCCGUGGGAGAAGAGGCAAGAAUGGUUCCCCGUGGAGCACGGCGAGUGAGAGCCCGACGCCCACCAACAGCGUGGCGGAGAGGCACCCUGUGUGGGAGCACAGCGCCACCGGCCGCGGGGUGUGGCCGGUGAACACCGGCGAGGAGCAUACACAACUACUCGGCACAGAAGAGGAGUCCUCCGACCGCCACUCGUCGGACGAGGAGACGGACGCGGGGCGCGCGGGGGGCGCGGGCGGCGCGGGCGGCGCGGGGGGGUGGGCGGUGAGCGAGGCGCAGGCGCGGCACUACGCGGCGCAGUUCGCGCAGCUGCGGCCCGACCGCGGCCUGCUGUCCGGACACACUGCCAGGUUGUUCUUCGAGAAGUCCCGCCUGCCCGUGGCGGACCUGCGCAAGAUCUGGCAGCUGGCGGACAUAACAAAAGACGGCGCGCUCAGCCUCGAGGAGUUCAGCAUCGCCAUGCACCUGAUUGUGCUGCGGCGCGCCGACGUGCCCGUGCCGGACGUACUCCCCCCCGCGCUGCGCCCCGCGCCCCGCGCCGCCGCCACCGACCUGCGCGACCUGGCGCCCGCCAUGCUCGGCUCCGGCUCCUCCGCCGACUUCAACCUGGAGCCGCCCGCCUCGCCCCCCGCGCCCGCCGCCGCCGCCCCCGAGCCCCCCGCCAAGCCCGAGCCGCUCAAGGAGUGGACCAAGUUCGUCGACUCGCCCACGUCCAGCGUGUCCAGCCCCGGCCCCAAGCCGGUCAACUUCGACUUCCAGAAGGCGGCCGUCGAGCGCGACCCCAAGAUCUUCCACCCGGUGGCGCUGCGCGUGACGCCGGACGGCGACGAGCGCGCCUCCACCAGCCCCAAGCGCGACGCCGAGCUCAAGCCGCUGCAGCGCCCGCAGCCCAAGAAGCCGCUGAAGCCGGGGGGGGGCGCGCUGCCGCCGCCGCCCGCGCGCGACGAGCCGCCCGGCCGCAAGGAGCCGCCGCCGCCGCCGCCGCGCCCGCUGCGCCACCACGCGCGCUCCUCCUCGCUCGACCUCACGCGGCUCAAGAGCGCGCCGCCGCCGCCGCCGCUGCCGCCGCCGCGCACCUCGCCCGCGCCCGCGCCCGCCUUCGCGCCGCCCGAGCCCGACGACCCGCCGCUCAUGCACGGCGCCUUCGAGGUGUACCGCAAGCCGGCGGCGGCGGCGGCGGCGGGGGGCGCGGGGGGCGAGGGCGGGCUGCGCGCGCUGCAGGAGCAGAACGCCGCGCUGCAGCGCGUGUGCCGCGCGCUGCUGGCCGAGCUCGCCGACACGCAGCAGGAGAAGGAGACGCUGCGCGCGCAGCUCGACCCCGCGCUCUAGUGCACCCCCCCCCCCCCCCCCCCCCCCCCGCACCGC